GGCCCUGGCCUCGCCACAGACAUUUAAGCGCUUCUAGAAUUUGAGAGCUCUCAACGAUAUUUGGUUGACCCCACCCCAGCUUUUAAAGUUAAUGUCCUGAAAUUCUUCAAAUUUUGCUAUGGGUUGUAGAUACAUUUUUAAAUCACAUUUUCCCCAAUUCUAAACAUUUAGCAGAUUUUAAACUAAUUUCAUGUGAUUCUACAAAUUCUGCCAUGGGAUGGAUACUUUUUUGGGCAGUUUUAAAGCUAAUUUCCUGCAAUUCUACCAUGACUUGUGCCGGUCAUUUAGCAGAUUUAAUCUUUAUUUAAAUAAGCAAGUCAGUUAAGAACAAAUUCUUCUUUACGAUGACAGCUUACCUCAGGCAAACCCUAACCCAAAAGACACUGGACUAGUUGUGCACGCCCUAUGGUAGUCCCAAUCACGGCUGUUGUGAUGCAGCCUGGAAUUGAACCAGGGUCUGUAGUGACACCUCUAGUGCCUUACACCGCUGCACCAUCCAGGAGCCCCCAGAUGCUUUUAUCAAGAGCAAUUAGGUUUAAGUGCCUUGCUCAAGGGAACGGCGACAGAUUUUCACCUAGUCAUCUCGGGGAUUUGAAUCAGCAACCUUUCGGUUACUGACCCAACACUCUUAACCUCUAGUGCACCUAUCCUUACACCAUAAUCUAUUUAAAUGCAAAGUUGCUCCAGGUCUAUGUUAUUUAUCUGAAAAUAAAUGGGAACAUAACUCAGGCAACGAUCCAAGUCUGGAAAGGCAGCUCGAUGUGGGCGCAUCAUGUAGGCUACUGCUCUCAACCUGUGCUAGUGCCGGGAAAUCAGGAAUUGCCACUACAGUCAGACCACUGUGACUGAACUAAACCAUUCAAACUUCAAAACUGAAAUCAACUGCCAUCAGAGAUAAUUUAAUGUUUUUAUUUUUUUUAUGUGUGAAAAUUAUCUUGAACUUCCGUAGAUUCAGAUAUAAAGUCAUUGUAAGCAGGUUGACAUGGGUUCCCUUAAAAAACAACAAUAGUCAGGCUUUAUAUUGGUACCAACCUCACAUAGAAGAUCAGCAUCCGGGGAGACCAUGAACAAUGAGGGGUGUUUUUGUGAGUAAAAUAACAUUUAUUGCACAUCACCAGAUAAUAAUUAAACAAAUCACGUUAGUGAAGUGUCUUUAAUAUGAAACACAGGGAGGUCAUCACAAACCUUUACUCCAUACUCCAAGUAUGUAUAUGCGCUUGUCAUUUUUUUUAUAGCAAAUUCUCUCUUGUGCACCCCUCUCGGUUAGAGUUGCGAUGGUCCUUGUAGUAGCUUCCAACUCGCAGAGAGAGCGCAGUAACCAGCUGCAGGUCGUUUUGAUCGAGACAUUGGAGAGAGGAGGGAGAUAGACUUCUGUUGAGCCUGAAGAAUCAAGGAGAGCCCUCGUGCUUUGCGUGACAUUUAGAACGAGUUAGAAAAAACAUCAAAGAAGUUGAUUCACUUUUGGUGGGCGUGUGCAGUGAUCUACACACCUGAUGCAACUACUUUGGAAUCCAGGUUUCUAAAAGAUAGAACAGCCCUCUCAACCCAUCCCUGUAGCCACAGGACCAUGUGCCAGUGAUGACUAGCUGUUGUAUCCCAGAGGCCCACCUUGGCAGUUAGAGGAAAGGCUCCGCCCCCAUCACCAUGACAGCAGCGUUGCCACGGAACGCUGCCCCCCUGUCUGUGCCUGGCCUGUUGCUCCUCCCCCUGCUUCUGCUGCCCCUCCCCAUCGCACUGUCCCAGAAACCCAUGCUGCCUUCCCCACCCGCCCCCACGCCCGCCCCCCAGUACCUAUCCCGGCCGGAGUGUACCCAGAGAGAACACCCUGUGGUCACCUUCCAAGCCCUGAGUCCUUGGAUCACUAUAUUCUCCCACCCGGAUGUGAGAGACUACUCUCAACUGACUCUUGACCUGACCAGGAAUGAGUUGAUAGUGGGGGCAAGAAACUUCCUCUUCAGAUUGAGCCUCAACAAUGUCUCUCUCAUCCAGGCAACGGAAUGGGGUCCAGACGAUGACACCAGGAGGUCCUGUCAGAGCAAAGGGAAGACGGCGGUGGAGUGUCAGAACUACAUCCGCGUCCUGCUGGUCAAUAAGACUGAGGUCAUCACCUGUGGAACCAACGCCUUCCAGCCCCUCUGUAUCACCCGGGAGGUAGGGAAUAUGAGUAGUGUGUUGGAUCGCGUGAACGGCGUGGCAAGGUGCCCCUACGAUCCUCGCCAUAACUCCACGGCGGUGGUGACGGAGAGCGGCGAACUAUAUGCCGCCACAGUCAUCGACUUCUCUGGUCGCGACCCUGUAAUCUACCGGAGCCUGGGGGGCAUGCCACCCCUCAGGACGGCCCAGUACAACUCCAAGUGGCUCAAUGAGCCCCAUUUCAUCUCAGCCUAUGAUGUGGGUCUCUUCACAUUCUUCUUCCUGCGUGAGAACGCUGUGGAACACGACUGUGGGAAGACCGUCUACUCCCGGGUGGCCCGCGUCUGUAAGAACGACAUCGGAGGGCGGUUCCUACUGGAAGACACCUGGACCACCUUCAUGAAGGCCAGGCUGAACUGCUCGCGCUCCGGAGAGUUCCCCUUCUACUAUAAUGAGCUGCAGAGCACCUUCUAUCUGCCUGAACAAGACCUCAUCUACGGGAUAUUCACCACCAAUGUGAACAGUAUAGCAGCGUCUGCAGUGUGUGCAUUUAACCUCAGCUCCAUCACCCAGGCCUUCAAUGGGCCCUUCCGUUCCCAGGAGAACCCCCGCUCUACCUGGCUGCCCACCCCCAACCCCAUCCCCAACUUUCAGUGUGGUACCAUAGAUGACGACGGCGGUCCUAACGAUGGUCUGACGGAGCGCAGCCUCCAGGACGCCCAGCGGCUGUACCUGAUGAACGACGUGGUGCAGCCCGUCUCUGUGGACCCCUUGGUCAUGCAGGAUGACGUGCGCUUCUCCAGGCUGGUGGUGGACAUCGUACAGGGUCACGACACACUCUACCAUGUCAUGUACAUCGGCACAGAGUACGGCACCAUCCUGAAGGCUCUUGCGACCACCAAUAAGAGCCUUCAAGGGUGUUACCUGGAGGAAAUCCAGCUCUUCCCCGCUGGGGUGCAGGAGCCAAUCUUGAGCCUGCAGAUCCUUCAAAGUGAUAGGUCACUGUUUGUAGGACUCAACAACAAAGUUCUGAAGAUCCCUCUGGAGAGAUGCUCCAACUACAAGACUGAGAUGCUAUGCCUGGAGGCCCGGGACCCAUACUGUGGCUGGGACAGGAAACAGAGGCGAUGCACCACCCUGGAGGAUAGCUCUAACAUGAGCCAGUGGAGUCAGAACAUCACUGUGUGUCCGCUGAGGAACCAGAUCACCAUUGGCGGCUUUGGACCCUGGGCAGCGUGGCAACAAUGCAGCAACGACGAUGGCGAAGGCACCAGCACCUGUCUGUGUCGCUCCAGGCAGUGUGACAACCCUCCAGCUCGCUGUGGUGGGAGGAACUGUGAGGGGCCCACCAUCGAAGUCUCCAACUGUUCCAGAAACGGAGGCUGGACCCCCUGGUCGUCAUGGGGACAGUGCAGCACCACCUGUGGAACGGGGUUUGAGAUGCGCCAGCGCUCCUGCAACAACCCGUCGCCCCGUCACGGUGGUCGCGUGUGUGUGGGCCCCGUCAGGGACGAAAGGUUCUGUAACGAGGGUGUGUCAUGUCCCCAGCCUAUCUUCUGGUCCCCGUGGGGUUCUUGGACUAAGUGCAGUGCUGAGUGUGGAGGUGGGGUCCACUCCAGGGUCAGGAGCUGUGAGAAUGGGAACAGCUGCCCAGGCUGCGCACUGGAGUACAAGGCGUGUAACCUGGAGGCAUGUCCAGAGGUAAAGAGGAACACCCCCUGGACCCCGUGGAUGCCCAUCAACAUGACCCAGGGCGGGGCACGCCAGGAGCAGAGGAUGCGCUACAUGUGCCGCGCCCAGCUGGCAGACCCCCACGAGCUGCAGAUCGGACGACGCAAGGUAGAGACCCGCUUCUGCCCCAACGACGGCACGGUUGCCUGCGAGACCGACACUCUAGUGGAGGACCUCCUGAGGACCCCUGUGGUACGAGUGGCAGGCGCCGACUGGUCGUCAUGGGAGACAUGGUCCGCCUGCUCCCAGGACUGUGCCAAAGGGUACCGCACCCGCAAGCGCACCUGUACCACCCCAGAGGGCAAGGCUGCCCCGCCAGCCUGCAGGGGCUCACCCGUGGAGUACCAGGACUGCAACUCUCAGGCCUGCCAAGUGAGUGGAGCCUGGUCGUGUUGGUCGUCCUGGUCUCAGUGUUCAGUGCCCUGUGGUGGAGGGCACUACCAGCGUACCCGCUCCUGUAACAACCCCAGCCCUGGCAACGGAGGAGAUAUCUGUAUUGGUCUACACACUGAGGAAGCGCUGUGCAACACACACACCUGUGAUGGCGGCUGGAUGGCCUGGUCUCUGUGGUCAGUGUGUGACAAUGCAGGGCUGCAGGUACGCAGCAGGGUCUGUGGAGCUCAAGGCUCAUCCCCCUGUGUGGGAAACAGCACCGAGCACAGGGACUGCAAUGAGAUCCCAGUGAUUCUCCCUGCGUCUGGCUUUGAUAAGGACCAGCAAUGCGGAGCAUUCACCUCGCUGCACCUGAUAGCCACAGGCGUGUCCUGUUUCCUGGGGGCGGGCCUUCUGUCCUUUCUGGCCUACGUGUAUAGCCAGCGCUUCCACAAGCCCUCGCAGGAAUCCGCCGUCAUACACCCCACCACACCCAACCACCUCAACUACAAGGGCAACACUACACCAAAGAACGAGAAGUACACGCCCAUGGAGUUCAAGGUAUUGUCACAGACUCUGAACAAGAAUAACUUGCUCCCAGAUGAGAGGUCUAACUUCUACCCUACACCCCUGCAGCAGACUAACAUGUACACCACCACCUACUACCCCACAGCGCUGGGCAAAUAUGACUACAACAGGCCUGACUCCUCCCCUUCCCCCUGCAGGACCUAUAACAACAGCUGAGACACCCCGCCCCCACCCCCAUGGCCCCCGGCACCGCCCACCCAGACUGAACUGAACUCCACCCCAAUCACAAUGGUGACAGAUGGAAUGGUGACUGAACCCAUCCAUUUUUGCUCCCCUCUCCUUUAUCCCAUGGUAUCUACCAAAUGGUGAGAGGGGUGUAAGGGUAUACCUGGAACAUACCAUCAGCACUCUGUAUAGGUGCUGAUGCCUCCAUUAAACUCGCUAAGUAGAGCCAGGAAUUUGAUCAUAGUUUGGGGUAUAUUUUGGGGGGUGUGAGUACUGGACAUCACAGUGUCAACGUAGUGCUUCGGUGGAGAGAUAAAUGAUGAGCUCUAUAAGACACUAUAAGCUACAUUAUGGAGUUGAAUUACUUAUCCCUGUGGAACUUGACAACCUGAGCGCCUUACUGAAGGUGUUGUGUUGCUAUCCAGAGAGGCUAGAGUUGGCCAUAGGAGAAAACUCUCUUCCCUGGUCUGUCUGGUCACCUCUAUGAUUGAGUCUCUUUUUAAAAUGUAAUUUCUUUUUUUUACUCCCUUUUUCUCCCCAAUUUUCAAUCUUCUCUCAUCGCUGCAACUCCCCAACAGGCUCGGGAGAGGCAGCCUAACCGCGCUCCUUAACACCACCACUAGUUUAACCUGGAGGCCAGCCACACCAAUGUGUCAGAGGAAACACUGUUCAACUGGGGAACGGGGUCAGCCUGCGGGAACCUGGCCUUCCACAAGGAGUCGCUAGAGCGCGAUGAGCCAAGUAACGCCACAUCAUCCAAACCCUCUCCUAACCCGGAUGACGCUGGGCCAAUUGUGCGCCAUCAUAUGAGACUCCCGGGCCAUGGCCGGUUGUGGCACACCCCGGGAAUGAACCCAGGUCUGUAGUAACACCUCCAGCACUGCGAUGCAGUGGCUUAGACCGCUGCACCACUUGGGAGGCCUAUAAAUCUCUAUGACACCAACAUACCCUCGGUCUGCAGCAUCCAUCCCCAUGAUAAACACCUAAUUCUCCCAACAACAAAAGCAGUUACCCAGAACAACCCUACCAGCGCAUAUCAUUUUGUCUGUCCUUCAGUAUGGUGGAUGCGAAUCGGGAGGGAACAAAAAAAAGAACUAAAUUAAUUCAAGAGAUGAAGAGAUCAAUAUCAGUAUUGUGUUUGGAGGUGGAUGGAUGCACUCAGGUCACCUCGCCUCAUCAAAUGACACGAGGAGGACAAGUACCUGGGACCUCAGCUCUGCUGUUGCGCCAUGUUUUUGGGUGGUACUAUGGGACCAGGGGAACAGAGGCACAUCCAGGAAUGGCAGCGUGUGAUCUGUUAUAGGAAAAGUGCCUACACUAGACCACAUAGAUACAGACAUACUCACUGCUGGAGAUAAUCUCUAUCUGCUUAUGCCCAAACAAGGCCCACACCUCAGGCUGGCUGUGUUAUGUACUGUAUGGGUAUGUUCACAAGGCAAUGUUUCCCAGGGAAUGAUCUGAACAUGGGCUAGAGAGAUGAGGUGUCUGACUGAAAUACAGUGGGAAUCAUCCAGCUUUGGGUAUACAAUAGACAGGAUCAUGUAGAGUCAAAUUUGACUUUCUAUCACUUCUUUUUUAUGAUGAUAUAAAGACUUUUGGAAGGAAUUCCCUUGGUUCUAGAAUGGAAUGGAUGUAUUCUACUGAGUACUAUACCUACCUACCGCUCAGUGGUCAUAUUAAAUAUGGCCAGUGUGCAGAACUGGACUGCAACCGAUUUUAUAUGAUAUCGUACAAGGUGGGAUAAAAAAGUAGUGGGGCAUUUUUUUAUGAGGGAGGUUAUUUGUUUGAUGUUCAAGAGAGCAGUAGGAUAGGAGGAAAUAUUUUAUUUCACAAAUAAGGGAUAGCUGAUUCACUUUUGAGUUUCUCAUCGGUUUCACACCACAACAUAUAAAAAAAAUCACAGCAGCUUAGUAGCCAAUAGGUGUCUGACAAAUGAAAGGAGAAUAUUGCUUUAUUACAACCACGUCUUUAUUUUUGAAGGCAUGUUAUAGAAGAGUCCAGAACUUUAUUUUUGAAGGCAUGUUAUAGAAGGGUCCAGAACUUUAUUUUUGAAGGCAUGUUAUAGAAGGGUCCAGACCGUUUUUGUUGUUGUUGCAAUUUCACUUGUUUUUGAGAAACCAGCGAGUCACAACCUCAUCCUCGUUGUGCAGUACGGGAGCUCUGAAAAAACAUGAACAAAUGCUCCAAAAACACUCAAAUCCUUUUAGAAACGCAAAACCUUCAGUAUAGUGAUGCAGGUCUUUAGAUAUUGUACACGUGAAAUUGUGUCAUUGCGAACUUUAUCCGCAACAUUAUAUUCCAUUUUGUGCAACUCAAGCUGUUUCCCCUAUCCAGCUGUUCCAUUCUCCUAGUGGCCUGCUGCUAAAAUGGACGGAGAGGUAUCAUUCCAACAAAAUGGAAUAUAACGUUGCGGAUAAAGUUCGGAAUGGCACAAUUUCAUGUGUACAACAUCUAAAGACCUGCAUCACUAUACUGAGAGGGUUCCUGUUUCCCCAAGAAAAUGUUUUGAAGCAUUUGUUCAUGUUUUUUCAGAGCCCCCGUACUGAACAACAAGGAUGAGGAAAUGACUUGCUGGUUGGGGUAAGUUAAUUCAAAUAAAAUAAAAAGUGAAAUUGCAAAAAUAAGUGUCUGGACCCUUGUAUAGUACUGAAUAAUUCAGUACAUAUAAAAUUGAGAUUUGGUUGUAAAAACACACACUAUUCUCCUUUAAGAUUUUACAAAAAUAAAAUAAUGUAGAAGCAAAUAUUCAGACUGACUGUAGCGAAUAUCAAUGUGUCCCUCUCUUUACAAUGCUAAAUCAUGCUUAAAAUGCUUUGGUAUGAGAUUAUUGUUGUGUGUGUGCGUGUGUUUGCAUGUGUGUGUGUGUGUGUGCGCGCAUGUUGGCGUGUGUGUGUGUUUGCUUGCUUCGUAUGUGUAUGCCUGUGAGAGGGAAUGAGGAGAGGAACAGACAACUGUAUGUAUUUUGUACAAUGUAAAUGUAAUUCUUUCUUACAUAUGACUGUGUAUAUAAUGGGAUCUGUAAAGGGGUAUGUGCAUUUUUUCCACACAUUAUGAUGAUAGCACUCCUAAUGUUCCACUGGGUUUCCAUAUGUUCCAUGUAUAAGAUGAUAAUCACUGUAAGUUAACGAGAGCUGCGCAGUUCUCAUAAGGAAACACUAUUUAUAGUGAAGCUUGGAUCAUAAAGGGCAUUUCAGAAACAGAACUGAGCUAUAUUUUAUUAUUAUGCCCGCUGUUAAAAUGAAUGCUAAUUUAGCAGCAAUGCUUUCAGUUCCACUCAUAGAAAUGGUAUGAUUCUAUUCUAUCGUUCUAAUUCUAUAGUUCCCGUUAUAUGCACGAGAGCUCUAUCUGUACAUAAGAGACAGCCUUCGAUCUGCAGAGCAUUAAUGACAUCUAAAGGUUAGUAUAAUGUAAAUGUAUAUUGUUGUAUAGCUAACACUGUUUAAAAAAAAAAAAGCCUUAGUUGAAAAAAAUCUAUAAAAAGUGCAGCAGCUAUGUACUCACCAACCAUGGGGUUUGUAAGGGGAUAGAGUUUGUCAAUGUGACUGGUUGACUACGGCCUGGACAACUUCUCCAGCUGUUUUGUAACUUUCUAUAGAUGUACAGUUUGUCCAGAUCCUAUGUAGUAUCUUAAUCCCCGUUUAUACCUGGUGCUAACAUACAUGCCUUGUCCUGAUUGUGUCCACAUCCUGAUUGUGCCAACAUAUGCAGACAGGUAUAGAUGAUCAAAAGACACAUUAUGAUCUGAUUGUGAUUAGAUCUUACUGACCACCUCUGGAGGUAGUCAGGGACUCAUUCUGUCUGGCUAUCUCACAAGUCUCUGGACAGUGAAACUAUUUAAAUCAUAAUUAUAUUGCCUUCUAAAAGAAUUGACAUGUGUCUUAAAAUAAAUAAAUAAAUAUUAUUUUGAAAGAAAUCCAUCAAAUCAUUUUCGUACAGUGAGGGACCAUGAAAUCUGGUCACAGUGCGGACACGGUGGAUGAAUAAGGCUGUCUGUCUAAACGCAGCCUUAUUCAUCCACCGUGACACGGAUUUAGUUUUUUUACUAAAUGUUCACCAGGUAUAAAUACGGUUUAGACAGCCUGUCCUUUUAGAAGCACUCGUGCCAUUUUAAUACAAAAUAUCACCACAACAGUUUAAAAAACAUAAACAUUUUAAAUGAACAAGAACAAGACACAGAAAAUGGUGAGUAGUGUAUAGUAACAGUAUUACGAUAGUCCAUUGACUAGAUCAAAGUAAUUCAGCUGUUUAGAGGAUUUACAGCAACCCCUCCACCCAGUGGUUUUCCUUUUCCCCACUUGCCUGACCCACAUUUUUUGGGUUUGUGAUUGGCUCCCCCUAAAUGAUGACUCCCUUUGAUUGUCUUCCUCUGGCCCUGUAGUAAUUUUUGAUUGGGCAAGCUGGAUGUCACAUUGUGAAUCUUUGUCCCCUGAUUGGCUCGGUGCCCUUCUAUGCAACUGACCUGGUGGUACUAUUAGAUAUGUGAUGUAGACUGUAAUCACUGCCUUUUAGACACUGUGAAUUUUUUGGUACUCUAUAUUUUUGUAUAUUGUACAUUAUAAAGGAUAAUAAACCUUGAUGCCAACAUGG